AUGAAAAAAGAUAAUCUUAGUGAAAAUGUAAGAAGAGUAUUAGAAAAGAAAGAAAAAAAAAAGUUGAAAGAAGAAAAAGAGUUAUAUAAAGCUACUCAAGUUAUAAGUUCACAAAAUAAUAUACUCAGAAAGUUAAUAGCACAAAAGCAAUCAUCAUCUACUAGUUUUGUUAAUCAAUUAAAAAAUAUAAAUAAAUCAUUACCGCAAACAAAAAGUAAAAAUGAGAAAAAUUAUAUGAAAGAAAAUCGUUUAAAAAUUCAAGAGAAAAUAUCUCUUCAAAAAAAGUUGUUAGAAAAAGAAGAAGAGAUAAAAAAUAAAAAGCCUUUUAAAAUGAAAAAAUUUGAAAAGGUUACUUCUAAAAUAGCAAAAACAUUAAGAAAAAAUGAACAAGAAAAUGAAAAUAAAAAAAGGGAAGAUAUUGAAAAGGAAAAUACAAAAGUUGAAAAAGAAGAAAUUAAUAGAGAAAUACUGGAAGAGAAUGAAGGAGAAGAGUAUGAAGAAGGUGAAGAAUGUGAAGAAGGUGAAGAAUGUGGAGAAGAGGGAUUUGAAAAAGUUAAAGAAUAUAAAGAAGAAAGUAAUGAAGGAGAAUAUGAAGAUGAAGAGGGAGAAGUUGAAAUUGAAGAAGAAGAAGAAGAAGAAUAUGAAUAUGAAGAAACUGAUCAAGAAUAUGAGGAAGUUGAAGAAAUGGAGUAUCAUGAGGAUGAAGAAGUAGGUGAAGAGGAGGAAUUUGAAGAGGUGGAAUAUGAAGAAGAAACAAAUGAAAAAAGAGAUGUGGAAAAAACAGAAAAAAGCAUAAUAGAUAAAUUAAAAAAAAAAGAAAAUAAUGUAAAAUAUGAAAAUGUGAGAAAAGAAAAACUACAUAAAAAUUAUGGGAAAUUGCCUAAUUAUAUAUUAAAAAAAAAAAAAGAUGUCACUGAUGAAUAUGCUGAUAUACCUAAAGGAUAUAGAGUUUUAAAAAAUGAUGAACGCAAUUUUGUUUUAAAAGAGUUACAUUCACAAUUAAAAGAAAUAAAUGAAGAAUAUAAAAAUAAUAAAGAUAAAAUUAAAAAAAUAGAACUUGGAAAAAAAUUAAAAGAAAUAAAAGAGUCUAUUGAAUUAUUUAGCAAUCCAUAUGUUCUUGUAGAUGAAAAUUUUUAG